AUGCAAAAGAGCAUAUCUCCACACAUUCUGUUCCUCAUGGAAACUAAAAAUUCAGAUGAAAAGGUCCUUAAGGAUCUUGAGGAAAUCCAUUUCGAUCACCACUUUUUAGUUUCACCACAUAGCCCGGGAGGGGGAGGCUUAGCGCUGUUAUGGAUGAAUGAAGUCUCCAUAUCCGUUCUCUCAUCAUCGCAUAAUUUCAUUGAUACGUCUAUUACUUAUAAGGGAACUAGCUUCAACGCAACCUUUACCUAUGGAGAGCCGGAAGUCUCCAAACGGCAACAGGUUUGGGAUCAAAUCUCACUGUUGGGGCAAGGGAGAAAUGGUCCGUGGAUGUUAACGGGAGAUUUCAAUGAGAUACUGGAUAGUAAUGAGAAAUCAGGUGGCAGAUUGCGACCCGAAAGUUCCUUUGCUGCUUUCCGGAACUUCCUGGCGGAAAACGACCUCUUCGACCUUAGGCACACCGGGAAUUUCCUGUCUUGGAGGGGUAAAAGAGGGGAUCAUCUAGUUCACUGCCGCCUAGACAGAACCCUAAUCAACAGUGCAUGGUUCGAUGCGUUCCCGCAAGUAUGGAAUACUGGAGCUUCACUCUCGGUUUCUCAACGCAUCUCCGCAGUUAGACGAGCCAUAGCUCGGUGGAGUAGAGAACACCACCUCAAUAGCCGAAAAACGAUUGAAUCUCUGCAAGGUCUUCUGGACUCAGCUAUGUCCUCGCCUGAUACGUCGGAAGAUUCGAUUAGGUCCCUGAAUAACCAACUCCUAGCUGCAUAUCAAGCGGAGGAAGCGUUCUGGCGACAGAGGAGCAGGCUCCUGUGGUUGGCUUUGGGCGAUAAGAACACAGGGUUUUUUCACGCUGUCUCCAAAGGACGCAAAGCUAGGAACAGGCUCACGGUUCUGGAAAAUGCCGAAGAUCUCCGAAGCUACAAAAGAAGACUUACUGCCUUGCCCUCAGCCAUGGAAAUUAGGAACGCUCUCUUCUCUAUUCACCCCGAUAAGGCCCCGGGACCCGAUGGGUUCUCAGCCUGUUUCUUCCAAGCGAACUGGCCGACGGUGGGAGAUGCUAUUGUUAAAGAAGUCCAGACUUUCUUCACGACAGGACGUAUGCCGGACUCCAUCAACUCAACACAUAUACGCCUUAUUCCAAAAACACGAGAGGCAAAAGCGGUGUCUGACUUCCGGCCUAUCGCGCUCUGCAACGUCUAUUACAAGGUGAUCUCCAAGUUGCUCUCGCUUCGUCUCAGAUCGGUUAUGGGAGACAUUAUCUCAGACAGCCAGUCGGCUUUUCUACCGGGUCGAGCAAUUUCGGAUAACGUGCUGAUCACUCAUGAAGUCCUUCACUACCUGAAGACCUCCGACGCAAAGAAGCGUUGUCAUAUGGCGGUUAAAACCGAUAUGAGUAAGGCCUAUGAUAGAUUAGAGUGGGAAUUCAUACGUCAAGUGUUCGAUCAGCUGGGUUUUGAUGCGGUAUGGACUCAAUGGGUUAUGCAGUGUGUGACUACAGUCACAUACUCCUUUCUCGUUAAUGAUUCAGUGCUAGGAAACGUCCAACCCCAGCGAGGGAUAAGACAGGGCGACCCUCUAUCUCCAUAUCUGUUCAUUCUUUGCGCGGAGGUUCUAUCCGGCUUAUGCUCUGCCGCGCAGAACAGCGGAGAUCUGUCUGGUAUAAAAGUGGCCCGGCAGUGCCCUAGGAUUAACCAUCUCCUCUUCGCCGAUGACACAAUGUUCUUUGUUCGAGCCGAUAUACGAAGUUGUCAUACUCUUAAUGCGAUUCUGAAGGACUAUGAGCUUGCUUCAGGUCAACAGAUCAAUACUUCCAAAUCUUCUGUCUCCUUUUCCGCUAGAACACCACAGGGAACCCGCCUCAGGGUUAAAAACAUCCUUGGUAUAGCAAAGGAGGGAGGUGUGGGAAAGUAUUUGGGUCUGCCAGAGCUCUUUACCCGCAAAAAGAGUGAUCUUUUUUCUUCCAUUGUCGAUCGUAUUACCUGUAAGGCGGCAUCCUGGUCCACCAGACUUCUAUCAGGGGCCGGUAAAUUAACAAUGCUGAAGUCGGUGCUUUCAUCUAUGCCCAAUCAUGCUAUGUCAUGUUUUCUUCUUCCAGCUGGGUUGUGUGCGAGAAUUCAGUCGGCCCUAACACGCUUCUGGUGGGAUGCUGAUCCGACCACAAAGAAGCUGUGCUGGAUCUCUUGGGAUUCCAUGGCUCAAUCGAAGCAAAGUGGAGGCUUGGGUUUACGGGAUAUACAGGCUUUCAAUGUAGCAAUGCUCGCGAAACUGGCGUGGCGGAUUCUUACAAGACCUGAGAGUCUGUUGAGCCGUAUUUUGCUUGGUAAAUAUUGUCAUGGCGCUGGUUUUUUGACAGUCCAAUGCCCUUCAUCACCAUCCCACGGGUGGAGGGGGGUUCUAGAAGGACGUGAUCUGAUUCUGAGACAUCUAGGGAAAGCUAUAGGGAACGGGAACUCUACGAGCAUUUGGGGAGAGUCUUGGAUAUCUACCACAGAGGAUUUAAGACCCUAUGGACCGACACGGGAACAUGACAGAGACCUAGUAGUAGCAGACCUGCUUACCAGGGGAAGCCGCGAAUGGAUACCAGCAAGAGUGGAGCUUAUUCUCCCAGAGGUAGCACACUAUAUCUAUCAGAUCAAACCAAGCACCUACGAUGCGGAGGAUGCUUUCUGUUGGCAGAAGACUCGCACUGGUGUUUACAGUGUCAAGACGGGAUAUUAUGCAGCCAUGGAAGCAACGGAACGGCUGGCGUUAGACCCCACAGUCCCGGAUGAAUUCAACUGGAAACGCCAUAUCUGGUCCAUGUCCACUUCGGAAAAGCUGAAACUCUUUGUUUGGAAGCUAUGCAGGGGAGCUCUGGCCCUGGGGGCCAACUUACAGCGAAGAGGUUUAGCUCUACAAGCUACCUGUCCACACUGCAAUGCCUUGGAAACGGCUCUCCACCUUUUCUUCACCUGUCCUUUCGCACAACAAGUCUGGAGACUUGCUCCAUUAACAGCUCCUGUGGACUGGCUCGACAUCAACUCGCCAUACCAAGCGCUUAUCAGUGCCAGUUCACUCAUUUGCUUACCGCCAACAGGACUUACUACCGACAUCGUUUCAUGGGUUCUGUGGGGUAUCUGGAAGGCAAGAAACCUCCUUACUUUUGAGAACAGAGCUAUCCCCGCACAUAAGGUGAUGACUGUCGCCAUCUCCUCUGCUCGUGAGUGGUCCUCAGCUCAACUAGCAAACGCCCCAAAGACUUCAACAACAGCAGGCUUGGUCAUGCCUCCGAUGCUCCCCCGACCACUGCUUACCUGCAACUCCGACGCCUCCUGGAUACAGGCGACGAAAAUGGCGGGUCUUGCUUGGGUUCUUUCUGAUUCAAGAAAUGACCAGGUUCAUACGGGUCAAGCCCGCUCUCUUUCUGUGUCAUCACCACUCAUGGCGGAAGCUUUGGCGAUCAAGGGAUUGCUCCUGGCGGCUUCACACCUCUCUUCACCAAACGUCUGGAUAAAAUCCGACUCCUUAGAGCUCAUCCGAGCUAUCAACUCGAAUACAUUUCCUAUGGAGCUCUAUGGAGUUCUCAAGGACAUCGAGUUCCUAUCUGCACCUUUUGAUUUCAUCUUCUUUUCGCAUGUCUCAAGAUUAUGUAACUCUCGAGCUGAUUCGUUGGCGAAGAAUGCUCUGUUAUGUGAUUGUUCUAUCUUGUACUGA